AUGGCUCCAAACAACAACAAGAAUAACGACUUCAAGAUCUUCGAGGAUAACACUCGAACUGUCCCCUGCCCGGUCCCUUCGAACCAAAACAACCAGUUUGUCCUGCAGCCUGCUGUUGCUGCAAAUAACCUUCCUGGUCACUUGGGGACUGGGCAAGUAGUACGUGAGGCAGCAGGCUUCUUUCAGCCUAUCCCCCGACUUGUUCUUCAUGGCCAAGAGAAUCUGGGAGUGCAACAGCCGGUGCACAACGUGUUCAACACCAAUGGUUGGAUAGCCCAGAACGCUCCCCCGGGAGCCAAUACAAAUGUAGGUCUCCUGACGCCGGCACAGCUUCAUACGGCAUACAACACCAGCUUUGUUCCUGCUGGGGCUCCAGCAACUGUGGCGACAUGGAACCAGGGAUACAGCGUUGAGGGAAACUGGCAUGCCGGCCAGCUUCAUAAUGCAGUCAACCAACGGUUGGCUCGACCGGUCCCUGAUGCUGUGCCUUUCUGGACAGCUCAAACGCUGCAACGGCAAGAUGCAGCAUAUCGAGCAGGGCCUCCAAUCCCUGCUACAAUGUGGCCUACGCCUGCGGUUGGAAUGACUAUGCAUGCACUGACUUUGCAGGUGGCCCAGCAGAAUGGCAUGCAUAUCAAUUCGGUCAAUCCACAGGGGCAUAUUGUGUGGACUUGGACGGGCAGACAGUAG